AUGAAAUCAAAACGUAGGCGUUCUUUAGCUGAUGACACCUUUGACGUUUCAAAAAAUCAGAAUUUAACGAACAUUAGCAAUAAGCGCGUUAAUAAAAAACAAAGAAAAAAUUUUGAUUUGGAAUUUCAUGAUAUUGCACAACGAUUAAAAGGAUUUCGAAAAGAACUUCCAAUAUGGAGAGUACAGGCUGUCAAAGAAAAUGAGACUAUUGUUGUUAUGGGUGAAAUGGGCUGUGGAAAAAAAAUACCGCAAUUCUUGUUGGAUGCUGGUUUUAUAUCGGAUGGUGCUAUCGCGUUAACACAACCAAGGAGAGUCGCUGCUAUAAGUUUGGCUAAGAGAGUUGCUAAUGAAGUUGGUUAUUCUGUCAGAUUUGAUGAUACAUCAUCUCGCGCUACAGUUAUAAAAUAUCUCACCGAUGGCAUGCUUUUACGAGAAUUAUUAUCUGAUCCUCUGCUUUUGAAAUAUUGUGUAAUAAUUCUGGAUGAGGCACAUGAAAGAACAAUGCGUACUGAUAUUCUCUUUGGUAUGGUGAAAAGGGUUCAAGAUGCUAGAAAGAAUGAUAAAUCUUAUGCUGUGUUUACUACGUCAACACAAAUUCAUGCAAAUCAACCGCCUGGCCAAGAUGAUAUUGAAAUUCUUGAAAAAUUAAUAACUGAAUACGACACGACUUUACCACCAGAUAAACUAAAGAUAAUUCCGUGUUUGUUAUUUGCGGCUCUUCCGACAGAACAACAAACAAAAGUUUUUGAUCCCUCUCCUCCAGGAACUCGUAAAAUAAUACUAGCAACAAACAUCGCCGAAACUUCUAUAACGAUAAAUGGCGUUAGGUACGUUGUAGAUACGGGAAAAUGCAAAAUGAAAAAAUUUAAUUCAAGAGUUGGAAUGGAAAGUUUAUCCAUAGAAAAUAUUUCAAAGGAUUCUGCUGAUCAACGGAUGGGUAGGGCUGGUCGUGAGGCUCCAGGGUUUUGUUAUCGUUUAUAUACAGAAGAAGAAUAUAAUAGAAUGGAAAAAAAUACUGAACCGGAAAUUAAAAGAUGCAAUCUUGCAUCGAUUAUCUUAUUAUUAAAAGCUUUUGGUAUCGAAAAUGUACUUGAAUUCGAUUAUUUAGAUGCUCCGGCUUUGGAACAAUUAUUUAUUCUAAAAGCGCUUGAUAACCAAGGUAAAAUAAGUGAUUUGGGAAGAAAAAUGUCAGAGUUUCCUCUUGAACCGGCAUAUGCUAAAGUCCUUAUCAUGUCAGAGGUACUUUAA